UCUCCUUGGUUUCAAGAAGAGCAGAAAAAUAGUACUCCACCAGGCAGUUCCCACAAAGACUCUCUUCCAAGGACUGAGAGGUUUCAAGGAAGACGUGGUGCACUUAACUAUGGUGAUGAAACAGGAAUUCCUUCUAGAGACGAAUCUCAGAAUUUUGAAAGAAGCACUUGUGAUAGUGUUUUUGAUGGGGAGAGUGUUACUACUGCAUCCAAAGGAGCCAUUACCAACAUCCAUGAUUUUGUUGCAGGAUUGAAAAUGGCUCGUGCACAGUAUCAAAAGCAACUGAAUGAUCAGGAGGCAGGACAGAGUGCAUGUGAAGACUUUGGAGGACAGGAAACAAGGGGUAUUGGCCUCGAUCCAAUUAUUGACCCGUUGGAGUCCCCUUCGAGAUGGCCAUUAGAGUUUGAGAUGAAGCAACAACAGAUUAUAGAGCUCUGGCAUACAUGCAAUGUCGCCUUGGUUCACCGGACUUACUUUUUCUUGCUCUUCAAGGGCGAACCUGCGGAUGCUAUUUACAUGGAAGUUGAACUCAGGAGGCUAUCCUUUGUGAAAAGAACAUUCCCUCGAGAAGGCAUGAAGACAGCGGAAGGAGUUCAGGUUGUGACCCUAGCAUCAAGUAAAAGAAGGCUUCGGCGGGAAAGAGAGAUGCUAUUUAGGCAGAUGCAGAAAAGAUUCACUCCAGCAGAGAGGGAGAGCCUUUACACCAAAUGGGGAAUUGCACUUGACUCUAAGCAGAGGAAACGGCAGUUGGUUCAACGCCUUUGGACUGAGACCGAAGAUCUUGAGCACGUCAGAGAGAGUGCUUCAAUUGUUGCGAAGCUAAUUGGACUGUUAGAACCUGGGAAAGCCCUGAAAGAGAUGUUUGGGCUGAGCUUUGCGCCUGAGCAAUAUAGCCGGAGGUCUGUCAAAUGGAAGCAUGGUAUCUCCCCAUUCAAGUGAGCAGCAUUACUCCGAGACCCAACUAACUAGCAUUUAUAGUUUUGUAGCUUUGUUUUGGUAAUUCUGUGUGUCUAAUUGAAUUUGUAGCUGACCACUUGAUAUGUAUGGGUUAAUUAUGGGUUUAUGACCAACGUUUGUCACUGGUUUCUUGUUAUUUCCACUAAUAGAAGCUAAUGCAUGUGUGUGUAAUGGCACCUUAUGAUAUGAACUAGCUGAUGAAUGAACAAAUAAGAGAGAGGAGUUAAAAAAAAGUAUA